AUGGACAUGCCAUCCCCUCAUGACCAUAUCAACAACAAUACACUAUUCACAGCUUUGCAGCAAGCCUCUGGAUUGGCUCCAGCAUCAGAGCAGUCUUCAACUGCUUCACAGCACAACACAAUGCCAGCUCAGUCCAACCUUGAUGGCUCUCAUCAGCCCCACCCUUCUGCAACUUCCAGCACCUUGGCUGGGGCUGAGUCAACUCAGCCAGCAACCUCUCCCACUUCCCCUUUGUCCUCCUCCACUCCUUCUGGCUCCAACACCACCACAUCUGCCAGUUCUUUGCCUCACCAAGCCUCUACCCACCCAACUCAAAUCUCUGCAGCUUGCAGCCAUCAAGCCAGUACUCGUGGCAGCAGUUUCAACAACACAGAUCAUAUUGCCUACUUCAAUUGGUCACCUAGUGACAUAAAUCACCUUGUUGAUAUCAUCUACAAUAAUGAUCAAUACCAACAUGUUCUAUUGCCAGGACAUUUGACUGUGGAACAGGAAAAGGGUCUGAAGACAAACAAAGAUGUUAUCUGUGGGCAGAUAUGGCAGGAUCUGUUCCCAGACAAGUCUACUGUUGGUGGUGCUGGUCAAGUAAAGACUAAAAUUUGCUGGCUCACUGAACAAUACAACAACAUCAAGAAGACCAUCUCACAGCAGACCAGUGCUGGAGUACUUCUUCAAGACAUGGAUCACAACAGCUCGGACUAUGCCACAUGUGAAUUGAUUGCUCAAAGCCACCCUUGGUUUGAGCACUGGCACAAGAUGAUGACCAACCAUGCACAGACUGGUCCAGUUGUUCUUCUCACUGGUCACCCAUAUGAUGCCCCCCCUGCCUCCUCUCAGAAUAACUCAGUUGAUGCCAAUGUGAACAUGGAUGAUGCCAGCAAUGCUCUCUACCCUCAGUGA